UCAGAGGAAAUAACAACACGAGUCUCAGUCUGUGUUUUGUUUCUGUCUGGACGUAUGUUUUCACGUGUCUGUUCUCACACCUUGGCCACGCCCCCAUGCAUCAUGCUUCCUGGUUCACCAUCCCACAGGACGGCCCCUUCCACCUGCACUCUAUUUGCUGGAUUCCCCUCUUAUCAGUGUGCCGUGUUGUUUGUUCUCUUGCUUUGUCCCACUUCUGACCAUCACCUCAUCUGUUUGUGUUGGUUUUUGUUCUUGCCUGUUUGAAUUGAUCGUUGUCUCAUCCGCUUCGUGUUUACACAUUCCGUUAUAAACCUUUUGUUUGUCCGGAACUGUGGAUUCUCACUCUUUGUGAGUGAAGGCCACCAUUUCAUACUGUGCAUCUCAGUGUGUAGCCAGUGCCGGUCUCUGCUGGAACCAUGGCAUCGCAGGACACGCAGAAGAAACCGCUCGGCCUGUCCUCGUUCUUCCCCUGCUGCUUUAAAGACCGGGAUCAGAGAUCACCAGAGAUCACCUACCGCCACGAUGACGUCAUCGCUGCCUCUGUUCUGGAGCCCACCCUGCCCAUGCCGGCCCCUCAGGACCUGGACUCCAUGUUCACCGAGCUGGUGGACGAGUUGGAUCUCACAGAAAAACAUAGAGCGGAGAUGUUCGCUUUGCCCGCAGAGAAAAAAUGGCAGAUCUACUGUAGUAAGAAAAUGGAGGCCGAGGAGAACAAAGGGGCAGGUAGAUGGCCCGAGUAUUACAUAGACCAGAUCAGGUCCAUAGCUGCUAGGAAAACCCUGCUGGCACUAGAGGGGGAGGAGGAGCAGGAACGCUACAAGGUUAUAGACGCUCUGAAAACAGCCCUGAGGACACAACCCAUGAGAUUCGUGACGCGCUUCGUUGAGCUGGACGGCCUGUCUUGUAUACUCAACUUCCUCAAGUCGAUGGAUUACGAGACCACGGAGUCUCAAAUUCACACGUCACUGAUCGGCUGCAUCAAAGCACUGAUGAACAACUCCCAGGGCAGAGCUCACGUUCUGGGCCACAGCGAGAGCAUCAAUAUCAUUGCACAAAGUCUGGUCACUGAAAACAUCAAAACCAAGGUUGCAGUGUUAGAGAUCCUUGGUGCGGUGUGUUUGGUGCCUGGAGGCCAUAAGAAGGUCCUGGAGGCCAUGCUGAACUACCAGACGUUCGCCUCGGAGCGAGCUCGCUUUCAGACGCUGCUGACAGACUUAGACAGAUCCACGGGCCGCUACAGAGACGAGGUCAGCCUGAAGACGGCCAUCAUGUCGUUCGUCAACGCUGUGCUCCGCCCGGGAGCAGGUGAGACUAGCUUGGAGUUCCGCGUCCAUCUGCGCUAUGAGUUUCUGAUGCUGGGCAUUCAGCCAGUCAUUGAUAAACUGCGUUCUCAUGAGAACGCCACCCUGGACAGACACAUGGACUUCUUUGAGCUGCUGAGGAAUGAAGACGAGCUGGCAUUAUCGAGGCGUUUUGAUGCUGUCCAUGUAGACACUAAAAGUGCCAACCAGAUGUUUGAGCUGAUCAAGAAGACGCUGAGCUACACUGAAUCCUACCCUCACUUCCUGUCCAUCCUGCAGCACUGCCUCCUGAUGUUGUAUAAGCAAAGCAGAACCACGCACCAGUACUGGGUGUUGUUGGACAGGAUCAUUCAACAGCUGGUGCUGCAGACGGACGCAGGUGAAAACCCUGAUGUUGCUCCGCUGGACGACUUCAACGUGAAAAAUGUGGUUCGCAUGCUCGUCAAGGAAAACGAGGUCAAGAAGUGGAAAGAAGAAACCGACAGUUUGAGAAAAGAACAUCACAACCUACAACAACGGUUUGAGAAGAAAGAGAGAGAGUGCGAGGCCAAAAAUAAAGAAAAGGAAGAGAUGAUGGAGUUGCUGAACAAGAUGAAGGAGAAGCUGGAGAGAGAGAUCAAGGACCACAAAGAAAGCAAACAACAAGUGUCACUCCUGUCUGCUCAGCUGCAGCAACGCAAUACGUCCAGUGUUCCAGGAGGACCUCCUCUCACUUCAGGGUCAGUUCUUCCUCCACCCGUCCCAGACCCCUCAGCGUCUCUGGUUCCUCCUCCUCCUCCUCCUCCUCCUCCUCCUCCCGGAGGCCCACCAGGUUUUGGCACGGCUCCCUUGGCUCCACCUCCUCCUCCAGGAGCUCCGAGACCAACUCGCCAGAAGAACAUUCCUCAGCCCUCGAACCCGCUCAAGUUGUUCAACUGGAGCAAACUCCCUGAGAGCAAGUUGGAGGGAACCAUAUGGAAAGAGAUAGAUGACCUCAGGGUGUUCAAAGUUCUGGAUCUAGAGGAAUUCCAAAGGACCUUCUCUGCCUACCAGAAGCCACAGAAGGACAACGAGGACGACCACGCUCUGGCUAAGAAAGUGAAGGAGUUGUCAGUGAUCGAUGGGCGUCGCGCACAGAACUGUAACAUCCUGCUGUCACGGCUGAGGCUGACCAAUGAGGAGAUGCGCUCUGCCAUCCUCAGCAUGGACGAACAGGAGGACCUGCCCAAAGACCUGCUGGACCAGCUGUUGAAGUUUGUUCCCGAGAGGAGCGACAUUGAGCUCCUGGAGGAGCACAGGCACGAGCUGGAUCGCAUGGCCAAAGCCGACCGCUUCCUGUACGACAUGAGCAGAAUCGACCACUAUCAACAGAGGCUACAGACUCUCUGCUUCAAGAAGAAGUUUGCUGAAAGAGUAGCAGAGCUCAAACCUAAGAUCAAAGUGCUGUGUCUGGCGUCCAGGGAGCUGAUGCAGAGCGCGGCCCUGCGGCAGCUGCUCGAGCUGGUUCUGGCCUUCGGCAACUACAUGAACAAAGGACAACGGGGAAAUGCUUUUGGAUUUAAAGUGUCCAGCCUCAACAAAAUAGCUGACACCAAGUCAAGCACUGACAAAAACAUCACUUUGCUCCACUACAUGGUCUCUGUCAUAGACAGGAAGUUCCCUGACAUGGUCAUGUUGGAUCAAGACCUGCAAAAUGUGCCAGGAGCUGCUAAAGUCAGUAUGACCGAGCUGGACCAGGAAGUGGGCAACCUGAGAUCUGGCCUAAAGAGUGUAGAGGCGGAGUUAAACUACCAGCAGACCCAGUCGCCUCAGAGUCCUGGCGAUAGGUUUGUCCCUGUGGUGAGUCAGUUCAUCACUAUGGCCUCCUUCAACUUCUCAGAGGUGGAGGAGUCGCUCACUGAAGCCAAGGACCUGUUUGGAAAAGCCCUAAAACACUUUGGAGAAGACGCGCCCAACCUGCAGCCAGAUUACUUCUUUGGGAUGUUUGAAACCUUCCUCACAGCUUUGUCAGAGGCCAAACAAGACAAUGAGAACAUGGCCAGACGCAAGGUUGAGGAGGAAAAACGGAAAUCGGUGGAGGCCCAGUUGAAGAAAGACAGAGAGACAAAGAAAGGCAAAGCUAAUGAGGAGGAAGGCGGUGAGUUCGAUGACCUGGUUUUGGCUCUGCGGUCUGGAGAGGUGUUCGAUCGGGAUUUGUCUCAGAUGAACCGCAGGAAACAACGAAGGAACAAUGUCUUUGACGGAAGUCGAGAGAGACCAGUGUCAAAACUAAACCAGUAACAGAAACGUCAUGGAAACCAGCACCUCGGGAGAAGAACUGCAUAGAUGUCUGCCUACCACUGUGUUACAGAAACAGUAUAUAUGUAAUAUAUAGAAGUAAUAUAUAGUCUUAUUCCACUUCCAUGCACUAUGUACAGCCAAUAUUAAGAUUGCACUAAAUAGUUAAUUUCUGGUAAAGUGACCAGAAUGAAGAAUAUAAUGGAUGUGUCAGUGUGUUUAUAAAUCUGCUCAAAAGCCAAGUUUACAUGUUACCCAACACGUCAGUGCUUGACACAGGAUGACGCCUGUCUUGAACCUGGCAAGGACACCUACACACAUCUACACUCUUUUCUCCCCACGGGAUUUGCACAAAGAACUUCUUGCAUAAGAUGUGAGUGAGGUGUUUGUAAGAGUUCUUAAGCUGAAGAACUAGGAACUGCACUAAAUAUGAUCUAAAGGUCCUUCACCCUGUGUUUGUGUGUGUUUCCUAUGUGUGCAUUGAUGGGACAUUUGGACGUUACGACAUCAUGUAUCAUAAACCAUGAAGUUUUCUGUUUAUUUGUUUUUACUUUUUGAUGCAUCUUGUCAUUCGAGCAGACAAAAGUCGACGCGGCGGUAGCGAUUGUAUGCUUGUGAUUGUAUAUUUUAUAUUUGCCAGAUUUGCACACCUCUUGCUUAAUUAUUCUUUAGAACACAAGAAAGCUGAUUAUUACAAUACUGACCAUUAUGAGAUUAACACAAUUUUCAAAACUGA